AUGAAGUAUAGACUGGUACACCUUGCCAUCCUCGCGCUGGUCGCGUGCGUCUUGGCACAAUCGCAUCAGGGCGAACCAGCUUCCGCAGUCUCCAGGGCACUGUCGUCAGCCUCCGCAGCGCGUGCUGCAUCUUCAUCGCGAUCGACUAGGAUGACACGCAGCACGACGACGCGAUCACGAGCUGCGAGCAGUACGACAGCGCGGAGCUCAAAGUCUACCGCCCCGUCAUCAAGUGGUGCGUCUGCAUCCACCACGAGCACAAGCUCGCCCUUACAGGCGCUAUCGAUCAUCUCGAGCACUCCCUUGAGCACGGCCAUACCAACGGCGAGUGCGACCGGUGCCAGCAAUAGACAUGACGCAAGUUUAGCAGGCAUUGUACCUCUGGCAGGGAUCGUCAUAGCGCUGCUCUGGUAG